CAGGAAUUGGAGAUUGAUCUAUCCAUCAACGUAUUUUGCGAUAGAUUGCACAACAUGGAUCCCGAAACAAUUGCGCAAUUCAACAAGAUUCGGAAAACUCUGGGUCAGUCCUUGUUGCCAACCACAGUUGCGCCAGCAGGAGGAGCGCAAUUCAAAUCGAAGGACCAUCAGACUGGAGACGACGAUCGCGAUGAUCUCAGCACUCUCGAGAAACGCGCCGCUGCAGCCGACGGCAAUUGGGACAAAAUUGAACAGGAACGUCGACAAAAGCGGGAGCGCGAUGAGCGUAAGCAAGCCGCGAAGAAGGCUCGCGAUCUAGCCGCGCGCCAGGAGCGGCUCUCAGGUACGACUCUGGGCGAGGCAAAUGUCACAGAUGACAUGGACACGCGGAGUUGGCUGUUGAAAGCGAAGAAGCGGCAAAGAGAAAUCGAGAAGGCUCGCAAAAUUGAGGAGGAGCUUGCUGCGAGAGAAGAACAACCGGAAUACACGUCGAAGGAUCUCGCUGGCGUCAAAGUGGCUCAUGAGGCCGAGGCUUUCGAUGAGAUGACAGAUGAACAAAUUCUGACACUCAAGGACGCUGAGAUUGGAGAAGAGAGCGAAGACGACGAACUCGAGAAUGCAGAUCUUAAGGCCAAGGAAAAGACAGAGGAGAACCUUCUGCUUAAGAAACGGCGGCCCGACUACGACCCAACUGAGCAAGACGAAAAGCGGAACAUUCUGUAUAAAUAUGACGAGGAGAUUGAUGGCAAGAAAUCGAAGCAAUUUAGACUUGACGGCCAGGGCAGUUCCAAUCGAGCACAGCAACGGCGUUCUGAAGACCAGGAGCGUGAUAAAUCAAAAGGUGUCAAGAUCAGUCUUGACAUGCUACAGGACGAUGUCCCGAUAUCAGAUUAUGCAGAGGCCGUCGCUGUCAAAGUCAAAAAGGCCAAGAAGAGUAAGAAGGAGAAGAAAAGCCGCUCUCGAUUUGAGGAACAGACAGACGAUAUUCCUGAACAAUCAGCGAUCGAGACGAAUUCGAAAACCACCGGUAUAUCAGACCAUAACCAGGAUCAGACGUAUCGAAAUCCCAUCGAGUUCGACGAUGAAGACCUGCAAGCGAAACUUGCCGAGCAGCGCCGUCAAAUACUCAAAAAGCGUAAGAGAACUGAUGCUGCUGAGGUGGCACGGAAAUUACGAGAGGAAAUGGAAGUGGAAGAAGAUGAGGUAGAGGAAGGAGGUUUUGUUAUCGAUGAGACCACGGAAUUCGUUGCUAAUCUCAAUCCUAUGGAAGCCGAGCAAGAUGAAGAUGAUCUACGACCUACAUCAAAAACCAUCCGAUCCACUGACACAAAUGGUGUCGAUGAAGAAGGGGACGUCGAGAUGGGCCAAGAAUCAUACGCUGCGAUUGAAGAUGCAGAAGAGCGAGCACAGCAUGCUCAGCGCGAGGGAUCAGCUCCCGCUGACCUGAUGACAACUGGCCUUGACAAUGAAGAGACAAUGGUCGGACAGGGCAUUGCAGCGUCUUUGAACAUGUUACGGAAGCGCGGUGUACUGUCGGGUGAAUCGGCUGACAGUCUUGCUGAGAAGGAGCGACAACGAAGCAAAUUCCUUUCCGAGAAGCAACGCUUCCUUGAUGAAUUUGACGCAAAGGCUAAGAGAGAGCGAGAAGAAGACCGCCGCACCGGGCGCUUCGAUAAUAUGAGCAAGAAGGACCGCGAUGCUCAUCAGCAGCGACAGAACGAACAGAGAGAGAUCUACGCUCAGCGACAGCUUGCUGAGGCAUUCAGUCGAGAGUACAAACCCGACGUGAAACUCAAAUAUACCGAUGAAUUCGGACGCGACAUGAAUCAAAAGGAAGCCUUCAAACACCUCAGUCACAUGUUCCACGGCAAAGGUUCGGGCAAGCAGAAGACCGAGAAGCGCUUGAAGAAAAUCGAUGACGAGAAGAAGAGUAUGGCGAAGGGUGUUCUGAACGUUGGUGACGCCGAGGGCGGAAUGAUGAAUGUUCAAGGCAGAGAAGGCAAGCGGCAAAAGACUGCUGGCGUGCGCUUGCAAUGAUUAUACGUCAACGAUACUUAAGAGUCCGAAGAGCCUAUUGAUCUAGGCCUGACCUUGCCUUCCCAUGUGAGUACGCAUUCUGCCUUUGUCGCACUCCACGCGUUCUUUCCUUGGUCCUUCGCGUAUUGCAGGUGAGCGCCGUCUGAUUUCGCGGCACACUUACCAACGUAUACCCUGAUCGUGCUCUGGUGCCGGAGACCAGUCCCCUUGCUAUGAUGACCGUCUUCUUCGAAGAUUGUGAAGAGCUGCCUUCGCAUUGUUAUACUGAAACCCGCCUUUCUUCUUGACUGUGCAAUAGUUUGUAGAGCGAUUGCUUCGGCAGUCUGUGUAGUCACAGUUUAGAACUGCCACGAUCGAUAAUGGAAGUGAAUCUCACGUUGCAGCCUCUGUGAUAAGAACAUACUUAGAGGAUAAAUAUGUAGCGC